AUGUCUACAAAACUAUUCAUAUUAUGUGGUCUUGUACUUACUACUAUUAUCACCGUUAAGGGAGCACCUUCGUCGAAUUUACGUGUGUAACUUUAUAAUAAAAAAUAAUAUUAUUGUCUACAAACACUAAUAGGGGUGUAUCUUGACAAGAAAACUUAUAACUCAAAAAAAGAUAACGUUAAGUUUAUCAAAUAGUAGAAUAUACUUAAAAACAAAAAUAAGUAGUUAGUAACAAGUCUGUCGGCUUUUCAACCUAAUUACAUUUGAUAGUAUUUAUAAUUUGAAAUACUGUGUUUUAGUAAUUACUAAUUGAUAUAAUAAUUGUUGGCUUAGCCAAAGGUUUUAUACAAUGCAAGAAAAGUGAUCCAAAAUUUAACGAAUGUCUAAAGGACGGUUUUCAAAGUGCUAUUCCUCGUUUAACAAACGGUAAAAAAAUCAGACAUUAAUUAAUCUAAACAAAAAUCUAUAUUUUUAAAAACUUACUGACAUUGAUAUAAUUAUGUUAUACUAAUAUCUAAAUAAAUAUAACAUUUCAUAGGUGUUUUGAGUUAGGGACUAAUCAAAAUAGACCCAUUGCGAAUUUUGGAAAUGAAAAUCGGUCAAAAAAGUGGUCAUCCGGUUAGUUUGGACUUAAAAUUCAAUGAUUUAGAUUUGAUUAACAUGAAACAUGGCCAGAUAAAAUCAUUUCAGUAAAUAUAGUACCUAUAAAAAUGUGAUCAUACUUAAUUAUUAUUAAUGUUAAUCUCCUACAGGUAUGAUCCUGAAAACUAUAAUGCUAAAAUCGAUGUAUUAUUUCCGGAAACUUUAUUAUUGGAGAUAACUAUGAAGUAAAUGGUAAUGUGCUUGUUGGUCCAGUCAAAGGAAAGGGUAAAUGUAAACUUGCUAUUGGUAAUUUAAAUAUUCAGUCUAUUAAAAUGGAUAAAUUGAACUAAAAAUAAAUGAACUGCUAUAUAAUACCUAUAUUUUUACGUUGUUUUAGAUAUUUCAAAUGCUGUCUUUAAUGUUCAAUUCAAACCAGUGGUAAAAAAUGGAAACACAUUCUUGGAUACCAAAAAUUUAACAUUAAAAUUUGUUGCUACAAAUUUGCAUAUGCAAUUUGAUAGACUAUUUAACGGAGAUAAAGCUUUAGGUUAGUUAUUAUAAGAUAUAUAAAUACCAGAUAAGAGUAAAUACAAUUAUAGUUGUUAAAUUAAUUUCCAACAAGUAGUUAUUUUCUGGCGAAAAUAAUUUAAUUUAAUUUUUAAUCUAGAAAUGAUUUAUCAAUUUAAUAUUUGACUGUUAAAAAUAUUAUCUCAUUGUUUUAAUUACAGGUGACAAUAUGAACGUUUUCCUAAACGAAAAUUGGCGUGAUAUCUUGAAUGAAUUACAGCCUGCAAUCGAAGAGGUUUUGGGCAUGGUCUUCAAGGAUAUAAGUCAACAAUUCGUUAAAAGAAUUCCAGAAAAUGAAAAAUUUUUACCAUAA